AUGGAACCUUCCCUUUCGCCAACAUCGACCAUCCAGGGCGGCAGUUCGGACGCAGGCGCCGAACCGGGCAUCGACCCUCGUCUAUCCUCGGCCAACGAAAAGUACAGUCAUUUCGAGGAGGACUGCGCUAUAGACAUCAUCGACUAUUCGGCGAAAGAUGCGACAUUCCAACGCAUGCACAACUCUGAGUUCGUAGAGCUGAUGUACGACACGGCGACUCAGAAGCGCGACAGUCCGCCGUCACAUUGGACAGACAAGAAGGGCUCGGCACCAUUCCGUUGGAUCAGCAUCACAGGUAUCGACUGGAACGUACUGAGCUCCCUCGCGCUGAGAUACGCAGAUCUGCACGCCCUUGCCCUCGAAGACGUUCUCCAAGAGCAAGGAUUCACGCACUCGAAGGCAGACUACUACAAUCAUCAUCUGCACCUGCGGGUCCUCGCUCAUACGUUGGCUCCGGAUGACGAGCUCGAGCACUCAAGGUGGUGGAUGAACCAGGCUAAUUUACACAGGCAGUCUUCUUCUGCAGACGUCGAGAGAGAUCCAACGACCUCGCCCUAUGCACACAGUCUCGCGGGAAGAGCACGCCGCGGUAUUAAGAGGCGCCUGGGCCUCCUCAGCGGUUACAGAAAUCAUGUAAGGAAAAGUCGUCAGAUGCACUCCUGUGGUACUUACGAUGCCCAGGAAAGGGAGAAGCAGGUUUUGCGCUUGCAGGCCCUAACGAAGGGAGAGCGCGUAAACGUAAGACGCGAACCGCUGUUUGUCUUCCUGACGCGCGAUGGUACCGUAAUCUCUAUCAACCCGACCCGAAAGUUACACUUUACCCGGCCUCUGAUGGAACGAAUGCGACAGCCGGAUUCUGUUUUGCGCACUUCUGAGGACCCUUCCAUGCUCGUGGAGAGCAUUAUCGAUCUCGUCGUCGACAGAAUCCUCGAGUUGAUGGACAGCUAUCAGGACAAAAUUCACCGCCUUGAGCAAGAUGUCUUGCUCCGCGCCAAUGGCAUGUCGACGGUGCGAAGCCUUCAUAUACUGUCUGGGGAUCUGGCGAUGCAUAAGCGCACGCUAGAGCCCAUCAAGAAUCUCAUAUAUGGGUUGCGAAGAUACGAUCUCGAGCGCUGCCUGGCUAUCGCCAACAUGGACGCCGCGCACGAUGCCGAAGCAGGCGACGGCCAUUCGGCGUAUCCUUCCCUAAGCGUGCCCAAUGGUCAUACAGAGGUCACCUCACCGGGACCCAUCAUUCGGCCGCUCUCGCCAGCGCACACGGGCGAGAGACAACCCAAGGUGAAGGGCUACAUGAGCUACAAGUCGAAAAUCUAUCUUGCAGACGUAUACGACCAUAUCAAUUUUGCCCUCACCAGCGUCGAGAUGUUCGACGGGACGACCGAAAACUUGAUCAACUUCGCUUUCAACAGCGCAUCCUACGACAUGAACAACUCUAUGCGCCGAUUGAACGUUGCCGCAACUAUUUUCCUGCCUCUCACCUUGCUCACCGGCUACUUUGGAAUGAACUUCGCCGACAUCGCCGACUUGCAGUCUAUGUCCCUAUUCUGGAUAGUGGCCAUACCAGUCAUGGUCGUCCUUCUGCCAGUGUUCGCAUAUUCAGAUAUCCGAAAUGCUUUCCGGUAUGUGAAAAAGAGGAUGGAGAUGGAUGAAGCCUCGAAAUACGCGGGGCUCUUAUGA